AUGGAACCACUCAGACCUUUUGGAAACCAAAUUCUCUGUCCAGGAAAGGUAGAUUGGAACGGCGUUGCUACUUGGAGAUGGCUCGCAAAUGAUGAUACUUGUGGAAUAUGUAGAUUAGCAUUUGAUGGAUGUUGUCCUGAUUGUAAAGUUCCCGGAGAUGAUUGCCCUUUAGAGCCUGAUAUGUCGCUACAAGGCCUUCCUCCUCUACCUAAAAGUUUGAGCACCGUCAACCUUGCCGAACCUGUCAACGGCAACAAAAGAACUCACCAUCAUAAAUUGCCACCACCGCCUCCUCCACCUGGCCCGAGGCAACCCCCACCUCCUCCUCCAAGGAAGCAGACUAAGCUUGAUUAUAGCCUAAGAGAACUGGAUCUGUCUCUUCUCUCUCAGCUGUGGUCGUUGAACGAAUCCUUGCAAGAGUUCCGGGCGAUGCAAGAGAUGUUAUCACCUCAUUCGGACCCUGAAGAGGACGCUCUCUAUUCGAACCUACCCCCUCUUCACGAAGGGACUUAUCCAUUGUCAAGCAGUUCAUCAAGAUCUAGCAAUAAUGCAUAUACAGAGUUGUAAAUGUAAUUAUUUUAAUGAUAAUCGUAUAAUUUUGUUCAUAUUGAACUAGUCUUAUGAAUUUUAAAUUUUAGGAAAUUUAGAAAUAUUUCAAAUGUUUCUAUCCAUUUUAACUUUAUUGUGCUGAUGUUGCAAUUAGAAUAAAAUUACUUCAUCACAUGAAUAUAUUUUGUAUGCAUUAAUACCACUGUACAUUCGUAUUUCUUUCUUUUUUUUUAAUGUAGUUAUAAUUGUUGAAGCUUGUUAUUUGAAGACUGUUAUUAUUUAAAAUUUUAUUUUUUAUUAAUAUGUAUAUAUUUCAGUUCCUUUAACCUUUAAUCCAUAAAUAAUUAUCUUAACUCUAAUAUUUUAAGCCAAAAAAAAGUAAUAUUAAGAAUAAUAUAUAUUUAUUCAAACUUGGAUGCUAGAGGGUAAUUACUGCAAUUUUGUACUUGAUAAUGCACUGAGAGGUGAAAAAGUUGUUACGGUUCAUUAUAUGUUAUGUAUUUUUAUAAUUUUUAUUUCUCCAUUACAAUCAAUGUUAGAUGCAAUAGACUUAAUAAUGUUUGAAAAAAUCAAGAUAUAAUAAAUAUAGAAAAAAUGCUGGUUUUGGUCAGAAAACUUUUUUACUUCUCAAUGUUGAAGGUAAUUUUUGCAUUGUGUAAUAUAAAUGUAUAUAUUUAAAAUUAUAUAAUUUUUCUUAUAAAUCAACUUCUGAAUUAAAAGAAAAUCUUGUAUUUAUAAGAUACUAUCAUAUCUAUCCAUUAGGAAUAAGUAGUUAAAUAAAAACUACACACAGUUUCUGUGUUAGUUGACUUAACUUUUAAUCGGGGGUUUAAUGAAUAAGCUUCUGAUUUUAUAGUAAUGUACUUCUGCUCAAUUAUAAGCUAUUAAACAGUUUUUAUUAUAUGUUAACCGCUUAUCUCUGCUUUUCAUUUAUUUGUUUUUAUGUUUUUCUAUCAUAAUUAUUUCUAAAUUGACAAAAUGUUAUUAUUGUUAUAGUCUUUUAAUAAUAUCCUAUUUUUUUUUUUAAUAAUGCUCUCAAAUUUUAUUAAUUGAAUCGUUCAGACUGAUAUGACAAAUAUUUUUAUUAUGACGUUAUUAGUAGUUAAAUGCUAUAAUUGCUUAUGACAGUUAUAAAUUUAUAAUUGUGGAUUAAUGAUUGGCUGUAGUGAAUAAUUGAAGAUUAGUUGGGGUGAUCAGUCAAAAAAUAAAUAAGUAUUUGUAUUUUUAUUUUUACCGACUUUUUUUUUUUACUUAUCCCUACCAAUCUUCUCUUCAUUUAUAAAUUUAGGUGAUGAUGUUUUAUUUUAUAUACACAGUAUUAAACAGGUUGUUCUAUCCAGGUUGUAUUUAUCCUAUACAUUCCAAUCUUAAAUCGAUGUACUUAUAUUUAUUUCCUGUAGGACCUUAUUAUCCAUAAAAUAAAUUGUGAUGUAAAGCUUGUUUGAU